AUGCCACACGCCAUUCCCGUUCCUGUAUCAGGGCUUACAGGAGCAGCAAACGGUAUUCCGGGCUUGUUCUCGCGCGAAAGCUUCCACCUCCUGUGGACCGAGUACCAGACGUUUGUGAUAGAGCGGCUCAACCAGCUGAUAGUUGGCACCCAAUACGAGCAUAUGGAACCGUUACGAAUCCUUAAGCAGACUGCGCGCGAGCCGUCGCUGGCCCCCGUCUUCAACUACGCCUCCAUGGCACAUAACAACCACUUCUUCGUUAACACCCUCAACCCGGACUCCGAAGAGAACAAGCCGAUGGAGGUGCCUUCGAAACUCAAGCUGCAGCUCGAGGCCCAGUUCAGCUCCAUGGAGACGCUACGCCGCGAGAUGAUCCUCACCGCCUCGACCAUGUUCGGCCCGGGCUUCGUCUGGCUCGUCAAGAACCAUAAGAGCUCCCAGUACCGCAUCCUCACAACGUACCUCGCCGGGUCGCCCUACAGUGAGGCCCAUUGGAGACGCCAGGGGAUCGACAUGAACACGGCGCCGGGGCCGACGAGCGCCGACGACAACGCCACGACAGGGGAGUACCUCGAACGCCAGAAGCUGGGCUCGGGAGCGUCCCACGGCUCAAAGUGGAGCAAGGACGAGGCGCCCGGUGGCAUCACCGUCAUCCCGCUGCUGUGCGUCAACACGUGGGAGCACGUAUGGCUACGUGACUACGGCGUGGGUACCGGAGGGCGUGGUGGCAAGCGUCUAUACCUGGAAAACUGGUGGAACUCGAUCGACUGGAACAAGGUGGCCGAUGCUGCGCAGGUCCACGGCAAGUCUCUGAAGCUGUAA